UGGAGGGGCGGCGGGAUUUGGUGGGUGUCAGGGCGACAGGCUCCGUUCAAGCCGAGCACAGACUGAGUUAAAAUGCCGGCGCUGGUAACAGCGACGUUGUUGCUGCCCCGGUUACAUGCUGCAGCGGCUGCAUUUCACCGUACGCUGGCUACAACUACUUGCGCAGCUGUGGCACAAUCUCUCCCUGAGCAAGUAAAGAUUGUGGAAGUUGGACCCCGAGAUGGUCUACAGAAUGAGAAGGUCAUUGUUCCAUCUGAUGUUAAAAUUCAUUUAAUUAACCUUCUCUCGGAGGCUGGGUUGUCUGUUGUGGAAGCAACAAGCUUUGUUUCUCCAAAAUGGGUUCCUCAGAUGGCUGAUCAGAAGGAAGUGAUGCAAGGAAUCCGAAAGUAUCCAAAUGUGAGCUACCCAGUGCUGACUCCCAACCUAAAGGGGUUUGAAAGUGCAAUCAAAGCAGGUGCAAAAGAAGUAGCCAUCUUUGGAGCUGCCUCAGAAAUGUUCAGCAAAAGAAACAUUAACUGUUCCAUUGAUGAGAGCCUACAACGGUUUGAAGAGGUGAUGAAAGCAGCAAAGGAUUCAAGCAUUCCAGUCCGAGGGUAUGUCUCCUGUGUCCUUGGCUGCCCUUAUGAAGGAAAUGUUUCCCCAACUAAAGUUGCAGAGGUGGCCAAGAAACUCUAUUCCAUGGGUUGUUAUGAGAUAUCCCUGGGGGAUACCAUUGGUGUAGGAACACCAGGCAGCAUGCGAGAAAUGCUGACAGCUGUAAUCAGGGAGAUUCCAGUCAGUGCAUUAGCUGUACAUUGUCAUGAUACAUAUGGCCAGGCUCUUGUCAACAUUUUUGCAGCACUACAGAUGGGAAUUUCAACAGUGGACUCAUCAAUAGCUGGCUUGGGUGGCUGUCCUUAUGCACAAGGUGCAUCUGGAAAUGUGGCAACUGAGGAUGUAGUGUACAUGUUGAAUGGGCUUGGAAUUCACACUGGAGUGGAUCUGCAUAAGUUAUUGGACGCUGGUGGAUACAUCUGCAGAGCCCUAAAUAGGAAAACCAGCUCUAAAGUUGCUCAGGCUUCUUGCAAAUUGUAGUAAUCAGUAAACUGUUAUAUACAAUUGAAUGGAUGGAAGAAUAGACAAGUACUGUAAACAUUUCCACCCUACACUUUCCUGUUGUAAUUCCUGAGUGUAGUAUUGGGCUAGAAUCGGAAACAUGUUUGUUUAAUCACUUGUUUCUCUUAAAGAGCUUCAAACAUCAUAUGUUCAUUAUUUGUGCGUUUUCCCAAAAUGCCUCUCAUAAUUACCUAAAGAUUUUCCUUCCAUAUUCCAAGAUGUUUCAUCUCUUGCACUUAAGCUCAAAAACCAAGUGCUUUUCCAAAGGCUGUAAUGAGCUAACUCCUUUCUGGAUGGCAUGGUGGCUCAGUGAUUAACACUGUUGCCUCUCAGCACCAGGGAUCUGGAUUUGAUUCCAGCCUUGGGUGACUGUCUGGAGUUUCUGUGUCCUCCCCAAGUCUGUGUAGGUUUCUGCUGUGUGCUCCAGGUUCCCCUCUCAGUCUAAAGAUGGUGCAGAUUAGGUAGAUUGCCCCAAAGUGACCAGGGAUGUGCAGGCUAGAUGGAUUAACGAUGGUAAAGUGCGGUUAUGGGGAUAGGGGCUGGGGCUGGGCCUGGGUGGGAUGCUCAUUGAAGGGCCAUUGCAUACUCGAUGGGUUGAAUGGCCUUUUUCUGCACUAAGGAUUCAGUGAUUCUAUGCCAAAUGUGUAAAGUUAUCAGAAAAUUUUCACAUGUCUUUUAGAUUCUGAAAGUAUAGAUAUUUUCAUCGAUCCAAUUCUCCACAAUUUACCUCUUAUCCAAAAAUAAAAUUCUCAAAGCAUUUCUGUAUUUUCAGAGUUCACUGUAGUAAUUUUUCUGAAGUUAUAAAUGAAUGAGGAAACUGAAGAAAAUUAAACAAAUAUUGUUAUAUUUUAAUGUGUUAAAAUGAACGUUAGUUUGUUUAACUGAUUUAGCCUUACAAAAAAAAAAUUUCAAAUUACAAAAAAUAUUACUGGAAUUUUUUAAAACUAUGUAUUCAUGGAAUUCUGAUGCAAAGCUUUUGGAUAUUUUUGUGAUUCAUACAGAAAUUGCUGUACUACUUUAGUCUGAAGUGGAAAUUGAAUCAGUAACCCUAAUUGAUAUCACAUGAUUCAGUCACAGAAACCAGCUAUCUUUUUGCACUGAGACAACCAAAAUGUUGUCAAAAAUGUUAGCACAUUUUGAAAUUUCCACACAACAGUUUCCAGUUUAAAAAGCACCUACUAAUUGUGGAUGGUGUACAUUUUACCACUUUCAUUUAGCCAGCAGUUGGAAAAAUGGCAGACAACCCACAACAUCUCAAGUAUAGAGAUAACAAGGUGUAGAGCUGGAUGAACUCGGCAGGACAAGCAGCAUCAGAGGAGCAGGAAAGCUGACGUUUCGGGCUCAAGUAUGACUCAGUUUAUAAUGCAAGUAAUGAAAGAACUUCCAAUCCCUCAAUGAUAUUUUACUAGAAGUGCACUCUCUUUGGUCCUUUAAUAGUGUUCAUGUGCCACAGCGGUGCCAACUGUCUUAAAAAGGUAGAACUUAAAUGUUUUGAACUGAUGAAUGCAGUUAUCACAAUGAUGUUUUGAUUUUACGCGUUCUAUUUAGUGCAUUCAUUCUAAUUUAUUUUGAAUUUUUUUUGCGUUCAUGCGAUGUGGACUUUGGCUAGGCCAGCAUUUAUUUCCAGUUCCUAUUUGAUUUUGGAAAGAUAAAGAUGAGCUGCUGCUUUGAACCAUUGCAACCCAUUUGAUGUAGGUACACUCGCAAUACCAUUAGGAAUGUAGUUUUGGGGUUUUGACCCAAUGAUGCCACAAGAAUAGUAAUAAAUUUCCAAGUCAGAACGAUGGAAUAGCUUCAAGAGGAUCUUGCAGUUAGUGGUGUCAUAAGGCAGGAGAUGAGUGGCCCUAGCAGAACUCACUCAUGUUCAGUUUGGGCAGAUUAUUCUAAGCAAGUACUGCUUGAUAGUAUUGUUGAUGACACGUUCCACCAGCUUUCUGAUAAUUGAGGACGUUGAUGGGGCAGUAAUUGGUUGGGUUGGAUUUGUCCUUUUUUUUUUCUCAUCUCUAUAUAGGGCCAGACGUGGGUAAUCCUUUCUGUGCUGGGUAGAUGCCAGUGUUGUAGCUGCAGUGGAACAGAUUGAGUCGGAAUGCAGCAAGUUCUGAAGCAAAGGUAUUCAGUACUGUUACUGGAAUGUUGUCAGGAUCCAUUGCUUUGUCAUUUCUUAAUAUCACAUGGAGCAAGUUAAAUUGGCUAAAGUCUGAUCUGUGACACAGGAUCGUGGUGGAGGCCCAGUUGAAUCAUCUGAUUAAUCUGUCUGGUUGCAGAUUGUUGCGAAUGCUUCAGGCUUAUCUUUUACACUGAUGUGUUGUGCGCCCCCAUUAUGCAGGAUGGGAAUAUUUGUGGAACUUUCUCUUCCAAUGAGCUGUCUUACUGUCCUGAUUUCAUGGAUGUGGCAGGACUGCAGACCUUGGAUCUGAUCUGUUCAUUGUAGAAUCACUUUGCCUUGCCUCUCUCUUGGUGAUUUAUCUUUAUUUGUUAUGUGAGUAGUUUUGUGCUUUAUCUCCACCAGUUUGACGCCUCGCUUUUAAUACAGCAGUAGUGCAACACAGUAUGAUGGCUGGAUUCUUUGUGGUCUGAAGAUAGAACUUUGACUCCACAAAGAUUACAUAAUGGUUGUUCCUACUGAUGCUGUCUUGGACAAUACAUUUGUGGCAGGCGGAUUGGUGAGAAUUAGAUUAUGUAUGCUUUUCCCUCUGGUUAGCUGUUUCACCACCUGCUCCAGACACAAUCUAGCAACUAUAUACUCUUGGAUUUUGGUCAAAAACUGUGCUGCUGAGCCAUUACUGGUGAUGCACAUUUAAAGUCCCCCACUCCGAGUACAUUCUGUUUCCUUGCCACUUCCAUGAUUCCACACAGUAGCGUUCAACAUGGAUGAUGAUUCUUCAGCUGAGUUGUGAGACAGCAUGACAAUAAGCAGGAGGCUUCCUUGCCUAUGUUUGACCUGAUACAAUGAGAUUUAAUGGGGUUCAAAGUCAAUAUUGUGGAUUGUCAGGGCAACACUGUCUUAACUGUGCAGUACUGUGCCACCACCUGUGCCUUUGGGGCAGGACAUAACCACAAAUGGUGAUGUUGUGCUGGAAUAUUGACGGGUAUGGAUAUGACUAGUCAUGCAGUAGCCUGACACAAUCUGAGAGACACUCCUCAAUUUUGACACAAGCGUCCAAAUGUUAGUAAUACAGAUAAUGGUAGCAUAAUAUAAUCUUAGAGAUGGUAGCAUAAUAUGUGACUGUACUAGUAAACCAGAGGCCUUGUCUAAGAAUCGAGACAAAGUAAUUUCCAAUCUCAUCAUGCAGUUUUUGAAUUUGAAUUCAAUUAAAAUAAUCUUUCUCUGAAAAUAGAGCUACCAUUUGUUAUUUUAAAUGAUCAUGGAGCUGACUUGUUGUUAAAAAGAAUUAUCUGUUAGGGAAGAAAACCAGCAAUCCUUGCCCAGUCUGGUGCUCAAUUGAUGACUUAUCCUGCAUCAAAUUUUGCACGCAUUUGGAAGGGACUUGACAAGCCAUUUGACUCUGUCAAACCCUUACAAAGAAAUAUAUUACAUGCAGUUAUUUAGCUCUUUCACGGUCAUUGGAUGUCGCAAAGCCCUUUCAUUGCCGAUCAAGUUGGAGUUUGAAGUUUGAGUAACACUGCUACCUUCUCAGGGCAAUAGAGAUGGUUGUUAAUUGGCCCUUGACACUUUAUUGAUACGAUAUCCUAAAAAAUAUUUUCUUUAUUUUUAACGGGAUGAGGGCUUCACUGAUCAGGCAGCAUUUAUUGCCCAUCCUUAAUUGCCCAGAGGGCAGUUCAGAGUCAACCACAUUGUUGUGAAUCUGGAGUCACAUGUCAGCCAGACCAGGUGAAGAUGGCAGUUUCCCUUCUUAAAGGAUAUUAGUGAACCAUAUGGGUUUUCUGACAUUUGGCAAUGGAUUCAUGGUCAUCAUUAAAUUCUUAAUUCCAAAUAUUUUAUUGAAUUCAAAGGUGCCCAGAAUGUUAUCUAGGUCACCACCUCCCUUUUGAAGAAUGAACUUGGAAAGGAUUGUACUGUUUUAAAAUGAAAACUUAGUGAAAAAUUAAGAGCACUAAUUGUGACUUCAAACAUUGACCCAACAAUUGAGUACUCCAAUACGUUUUUAUCUUUGGAAUAUUUUAGAACUGAUUAAAAACAGUUUAAAUUAACAUUUUAAAAGAUUCAAGAAAAUGAAGUACAACUAAUGUCUGAACCUCCAAUCAGUAAAACAGCAUUUAUUUGAAUAAAUUGACGAAAACAUUUAAAUUUCUUAUGCAAAAAUAUUUGUUGCACUUUAAUUCAGUAGACUGUUAAUGGCUUGCCUUAGCUAUAUUUUUAAAUUGCUUUGUGAUGAAAGUUGUGUAAUACAUAUUAUCAUCAUUCAAGAUUGAAUUGUUUUAAAGAGAUGCCAAUGGAUGUCGGUUACUGUUGUGAGAUUGUUUCAAGCCAGCAGAAUCAUUCUGGAGUGACCUAAAUCCAGAAACUGCUCCAAGCAAGUGACUGCAAACCUCUGUGGUGUUAAUGGAAAUAUGUUUGUACUUCUGAGUUUAUGACGGACAGAUCAAGCCAAGACUGUUUUCACUUCAGUGAUUGACAAUUAAAAUGAAGAUCAGAGGCAAGUUUUUACUGUCUCUCCUAGCAAGAGUAGGGUUCACUUCUGGGAAGCCAGUUGCUCUUGGCAGAAGGGUCUUAAAUGUGCAGCUUUCAGACCAGAAGAGUUUGGACAGCAAUCUGUAAGUGAUUAGAAAUAAAACAGUUUAAGAUCUCAGAUUUGUAAAGAAUUAAUUUUAGCCAAAACUGAAGGGAGAUCAUCAAAUAUUCUCUGCAGUGCGAUGAGAUGAUCUGGAAAGCAGUCAGUCGAAACCUAAAGUGUUGCAAUAGGAGUGUUAAUUUCUCUGGACUUGAGACUCUAAUUUAGUGGUGUUGGGAAAUUGGAAAAAAUUACAACCUAUGUUUGUAUUAAGAUCUUUCCAAAUGUGUAAUGUAUUUAUUAGAGAGCUUUUAUUUUAUUUUAUUUGUUUUCUUUUUGUGUAAUAAAUUCGUGUUUAAAAAACA